CACUUGAUCACCAUUUUAUUCACUGAAAAGUCUGACAAAAUUUACUAAAUUAUUUUGAAACAUAUAAAACAUUUUACGGAUAGAAAAUGUAUGGCUCACUACUACUACUAUCACUACGAUUCGGUAUAGUUUGUAGUGAAUUAACCUAAAUUCUCUUCCCACUUUCCUGACAAAACAGGUCGAAAGAUUUGUAGAAAGAUAUGCAAUGAAAUCCUCUCCAGCGCGUAAGGGGAUUUAUGUUGGAAAGAGCGCGCGUAGCAUGAGCAUGAUCGCGGCCAUAGCUCUCACCAGCUCAUCCGCUCCGUUGUAUCAUUAUAGUGCCUUCGCUCUUCGAAGAUAUUAUACAUGGCCCAAGUCUCGGCGAUCGAGCACCGUUCGUUUGCGAUCGUGUUUCUCGACGGAGUGAGGCUGGAAUUUUCCAGCGAUCCGGUUGAAGUGUGGUGCUCCAGCCGAAGUGAGCGCACGCUUUCCGUGCCGGGGAUCCGACCGAUUGAUUGAUCGUAGUGGUAGUGCAGAUGCAAUGCAACGAGGUGCCCCAGGUCUAGUCGGCGGCCGCCCAAGAAACCCCAACGUUUCGCGGUGAAAAGAAAGAAAGCCCAUUUCUUCAACAGUGUAUGUUCAGUGGUGAUCGCGACGCGUGCUUGCGAGAACACAUAUUCGCCAGACGCAAGCGAUGAGUUAGACAUUACGCAUCACUCGAUCAGACGGCACAGUUUCCGGUAUUAUUUUUGUGUGUGGAAUCACUUGUAAUCACUUGAAAGAAGGGAGGAUAUUCAUCAUGCGUGAACUGCGAACUUUGUGAAAAAGUUUUACCAAAACUCUGCUGUGAAGAGAAGACAACGCAAGAUCACGAUCGUGUCAGCAGCGUCUUGUGUUUUUUUUUUGCAAACGACCAACCUCAUCUCAUAAAGAAAACCACACAGAUGCUGUAGAGCGUGUGCGUGUGUUGGUGCCACACGGUUUAUGCUUUGGGGUGCGAACUUCCUUCACGGUGGUAGUGCUGUUCCGUUAUAGUGUGGUGUCGUUAUUAAAUCGGGCCGCUGCUCUCGGCAGACGCUGACCUCCGUCAGUUGCAAUUUACUCCGCAACAUGUCGGAAAAGUAAAAGAUCUGGCCCUGCGGAGAAAUGUAGCAAAAUGUGAAAGUGAAUCAUCAUCCUCAGCCUUUUUUUUUACGUGUGCGUGGUGGCAUUAUAUUUGUUGUGAGCAUACAAGCGUUCAAUUUGAUACUUCCGUUUUUUUUUUGUUGGUGUUAUUGAAAUCUCUGAAGAAGCAACAGGAAAAGAGAGUGAAGAAGAGAGCAAAAGAAGAAAAAGAAAAAGGAUAAAAGCAAUGCGUAACUUGCAUUUAGUUUAGUGAUUUUGUGAAAUGUAUUGUUUUUGGUAUAAAACUAAAAGAAAAAACCAGAAAUACCGGGCUGCAAGUGUGUGAGAGUUGAUAAUGAAAAAGAAAAAUAAGAUCACCAUCAUGGAUCUUGUCCUGCUUUGGGCCUUGAAGGUCGUAAAACAAUUUAUCGAUCGGAUCAAUAGCUCCAACAAUGAUCCGAACCGAAAGGCGGUGACACCGGCCAUCGCAACCCGUUUCCUGCUGGCACGUAAAUAUGACAUCACGCGCGCAAUGGCGCUUUACGAGCAGCAUGAGCUGAUCCGGCAACGCGAAGGAUUGUACGGCUUCGAUCCACUAAAUGAGCCACUGCGAGCAGAGCUAGAGACUGGGAAGUUCACGAUCUUGCCCGGACGAGAUGCCAGUGGUGCAGCGAUCGCUCUGUUUACUGCCAAUCUGCACUAUCCGAUGACCGUGACCCAUAAAACGACGCUGCAAGGUGUUGUUUAUCAGCUGGAUGUAGCGUUACAGAGCACCGAAACACAGAAGGCUGGCUUAGUAUUCAUCUACGAUAUGAGCACUUCGAAGUAUUCCAACUUUGAUUAUGAUUUAUCACAAAAGAUCCUCACACUGUUAAAGGGCGGAUAUCCUGCACGGCUGAAAAAAGUCCUGAUCGUAACGGCACCGCUUUGGUUUAAGGCACCGUUCAAAAUUCUACGAUUAUUUGUGCGCGAAAAGUUGCGCGAACGUGUCUUUACCGUAUCAAUACCACAGCUGAGUUUACAUGUUCCUCGGGAAUCGCUGCCGGUUCGGUUAGGUGGUACCUUAGAAGUCGAUCAUUCCUCAUGGUUAUUACAUUGUUACAAAUCGAUGACGAAUCGUGAAGACGAAAUUAUUGCGACAGCGGGCCAGCAACAACAGCAGCCACCGGAUUCUCAAAACAGCUCCACUAGUGUGGCCGGACCGAAUGCUGGCAAUGCAGUGAUGGGAAGUGCAGGAAUAGCGGCAAUCGCUGCCGGAACCGGGCCGCUCGAUGCACACCAUUUGCUAAGUGGCGUCGGUUCGGAACUGGUGGACGUUGCAUUCGUCGCUACGCAUAACCAUCGGGCAGUGUCGCCCGGCAACAAUGGGACGCUGGUGGAGGAUCACUUAACGGUGGAUGAUAUUAGUGACAUUGCUGCGGUGAGUGUCAAUCAACAUCUACCAGCGAACCAUGCGAGCACUGUUGGGCAUCACAAUCACCACACCGCCAACUCGGAACUGUGGACAGAAAACCCGCCAAGUAGCGCCUCGUCAGGGUUUAGCGAUGAUGACAGUUUAGCCGGUGCCGAAGGUGAUCCAAAAACGAUCGAACAGAUUGUGCAGAUGGUGCGCGAGCGGGGUAAGAUGGGAUUGAUUCGUGAGUACACCGAAAUCAAAGCCCGCGCUCCGGAUGGUACCUUUACGCAUGCAAAGUUGAGAAACAAUUUAGGAAAGAAUCGUUACACGGAUGUGCUCUGCUACGAUCAUAGUCGCGUCGUAUUGUCGCAGGAGGAGGAAGAUCCUACGACGGACUACAUCAACGCGAAUUUCGUGGACGGUUACAAACAGAAGAACGCAUACAUCUCCACACAGGGUCCACUGCCAAAGACAUCGUAUGACUUUUGGCGCAUGGUCUGGGAACAGCACUGUUUGUUGAUCAUCAUGACGACAAGGGUGAUGGAGCGGGGUCGCGCCAAAUGCGGUCAGUAUUGGGAACCAAGCGAAGGUGGCAUAGCGGAGUACGGUUCAUUCCGAUUGCGGACAAUGUCGAUAGAAACUAAUGAAGAUUACACCGUGGUGGAGUUGGAAAUAAGAAAUAUUAAGACUGAUGAGGUAAGGUGCGUAUCCCAUUGGCAGUUUACCAGUUGGCCAGACUACGGUGUGCCCUCGUCGGCUAAGGCUAUGCUAAAUUUCCUGCAACGUGCCCGCGAAAAGCAGGCAGAGAUGGUACAAUGUUUGGGUGAUCUUUGGGCCGGUCAUCCCCGGGGUCCCCCGAUAGUGGUUCAUUGUAGUGCCGGAAUCGGACGAACGGGUACAUUCAUAACACUGGACAUUUGUAUAUCGCGCCUAGAAGACGUUGGUACGGCCGACAUUAAGGGUACGGUAGAGAAGAUACGUUCGCAACGGGCAUACUCAAUACAAAUGCCGGACCAGUAUGUGUUCUGUCAUUUGGCCCUGAUUGAAUAUGCGCUCUCGCGCUCCAUGCUGCAGUCAGUGGAUCUUUCGGAGUUUGACGAUCGGGACGAAGAAUCUGACUAGAAACGGAAGACAGCAACGUAAGUGAGCAAACGAGCCAGCACAGUAAGCGUAAUUUACAAGCGUCUUUGUGAUCUGCGACGAUGAUAACAGGCCAUUAUUGGCUACCGAUUGGUGUGGGGUAUGGCUGGAGAAGGUGACAAAGACAAGCUGUCUUUGGUUGGUACGAUGAGCAAACUGUUGUUAAUCUACUAAACGCCACUUUAAACUGUUCAACCUUUUUAACCCAAUGCAUGGUUAUUUUUCCGUGUGAUCAGAGUAAAUGCCAAUCACUUUCUCACAGCCGUACGAUUUUCUGCAAUUGGACCAUAUACAUGCGGAUUCAGUUUACGGAAAGCGCGUGAGUUGCUUUUUUCUGUUUUUUUUUUGGAGUAACGUAAUAUUGUUUUUAAACUGCAAAAGCAUAAUGCGGCCCAGAUUCUAUCCACUAUAAACAGAAGACCUGACUGUCAAUAUGCAAAAUACCAGGAGAUAUUAGAUAUUACAUACUAUUACAUAGCGAAGCGAGAUAUGGGCAAAUUACGAAAGGGAUUUGCUGUGGCUAGCAUACCCUUCUUGCGGAUGGCGUCUUUUUCGGCUUUUUGUCAGUGUGAUUUAACACCAAAAACAAACAUACUACCCAAUUACUUUCUUCCAAUAAGUAUCCCAUUUCAUUACAACCAGAGAAGGAGCGAAGCGAAGGUAAACAAGUCCAUUGGAAAAAUCGUCGCGAAGAAUUGUAUAGCUUCGUGAUACAAAUAGAUUUCAGCCUGUUUCUACUAUUGCAGUUGAAUGGUAAAGUCUCUUGCUAUCAGCUAAAAGAUCCAAUAAUUGUAUGAUAAUUAAGCAUAAUUCUUUUGAAAUCGUUGCAUUUUCAAAACGACAAACUCUAGCGAAGAAGCAACAUAAACGACUAACAGAAUAUCCAGUCCAGUGAAAGGUGAAGAAUCAAUUAUAUAUGUGUGAAAAUCCAUUGAACCUAGCGCGAAACAAGUGCUAUAAGAAGAAUGCGAGGAAAUAGAGAAAAGAUAUCAAAGUUUAUUUUUUCUAUUUAUUUUAACUUUAGUGAGGAAGAUAUUCGUAAGUACAUGUAGUAAUAUUUAAAACUAGUAGGAAUAAAAAGAAAUAAUUUGAAGGCGCCGGCCGUGUCGUGGGGAGAAAGAUAAAAUACAAACAAAACAAUAAGUAGACUAAAAACCAGUUCCGUAAAUAAAUAUCGACCGUGCGUGAAUGCCUGAAUGGCACCGGCAUACAACACUUGGACAAACCCGCAUUAUUCAUCUUUGUAUUGUACAACUGACCGUCAGCUUUUUGCUCACGGACAAAUAACGAGUGAGGGCAGAUAAUCAAACGGUAUUGUCGUAAACAUAAGCAAACGUUAACUUCGCCGGGUCGUCCGUUUUUCUUUACUCGCAAUAGCAAAUCCGACGAGUGAGUGUACCGAACUCUGCAUGCAAUCGUCUACAACUUCACACAUCCUAACGCUCGAGAUUUCGAUUGAACAAGGCAAUUCGUUUUCCUCCUUUCCGUAAGAUAAGCAAAGCAUGUUCGUAAGAUGCUCUUUCAAGCUGCUGAUACACCGCUUGCGAGAAACGUACUGAAUCAUGUAAAAGCCAGUGGUAGAUAAUUGUGAGGGUCGAAUGAAGUCUAAAAUAUAGCCCAAAACAAAUGGUUAA